GUCUUCAACGUUGAGAAUAUAUUAUACGUCUAUGGUCCACACAACCGCGUCGUGUCGAUAAUGUCGCUGCUCUUCCUUCCUAUUUUCUCCUCCCAAAACGUUCCCCCAAAGAGGAAACCACCCCUUUUGCUCUCAUACCCCCCCCCCCGCGUCUAUAUUGCGCGGAUUCUUGAUGAGUUCUGUGUGUGUACGUGUACACACAUAUACUUAAAUAAAAGUACAUCCAACGCACGUGUCGCGCAGAACGUUAGAUAUCUUAUCGUAAGAGAAAACCUAACGCACGUGCUCCGUCGCUCGAAGCUAUUUUUGAUAUAUUCGAAAAACGAAGUUUAUCGCAACAAACACCGCUGUCAACAUGAUAGAAUAUAAAACUAUAGAGAAAUAUCUAAAAUCUCUUAAAGUUGGAUUCAUCGGGGGUGGAAAUAUGGCUAGCGCCAUAGGUGCUGGUUUAAUUCGCAAAGGUGUAUUAAAUCCGGACAAUAUUUGGGUUUCCGGCCGUACUAACAGAACGCACGAGUUUUGGAAGGAUUUGGGCGCCCAUUUCACAUUGAAGAACAACGAAGUUGUGAACAACUGCGAAGUCAUAUUCUUGACAGUGAAGCCAAAUAUACUGGACGACGCGCUCAAAACUAUACCAAAAGUAUCUGGUGAAAAAUUGGAGAACAAACUUUUUGUCUCGGUGAUGGCUGGAGUACCUUUGGAAGUCUUACAUACUAAACUAUCGGCAGUUGUGACCGCACCAAGAGUAAUUAGAUCCUUGCCGAACACACCUAUGAUGGUUGGGGAAGGAAUUACAGUUUACAGCAGUGAGAAUGCUGAACAAGAAGAUUUGGAAUUAAUAGACGUUUUGUUCUCCUACAUUGGUAUGAGUCAAAAUAUUCCAGAAAGCCUUAUGAAUGCUACCGGAAGUCUAACGGGUUGUAGUCCGGCAUUUGCAUAUAUUAUUAUAGAAGCGUUGGCAGACGGAGCUGUGAGAAGAGGUGUGCCAAGACCAAUGGCCACCAAAUUUGCGGCGCAAGUACUGAUAGGCGCUGGGAAAAUGGUGCUCGAAACCGGACGACAUCCUGGCCAAUUGAAGGAUGAAGUAUGUUCACCCGGCGGUACCACCAUCGCUGGUGUUCAUGCUUUAGAAGUAGGAGGUGUCAGAGGAUCCAUGAUGAACGCCAUUACGGCUUCUGUUGAUAAAACAAAUGAAUUAACAUCUUUGUCGAAAUAAAUUUUCUUUGUUUUAAAUUAGUAUAAAUGUUAUUUCUAUAAAUUAUAUAUACAUGUACAUAUACAUCAUAUGAUCGUAGAGUGAGUAAACACAUGUUCAUUGUCAAACAAUGAUAGAUCAAAUAGAUCAAAUAGUCUCAUUACAUCUUUUUGUAUGUUUAUUUAAUAGAAGAGAUUGUAUAAUUUAUCUUAGGAAUUUUUUGUAUUUUGUUUUGCAAAAUUAU